GUAUUUGUGUGUGUCGGUGUGUGAUCUGACAGUGCGAACAGACAGUCAGUGUGUGUGUGUCGGUGUGUGUCGGUGGUUCUCCGGUGUAGCUGACCGCCGUGUCCGGGAUGAACGCGCUGCUGCGGCGCUGUGACCUGCGGAGGCUCGUUACGUGGAAAGGUUUCCAUGUGGGAGCGCCGUCAGCGACAUUCGACCUGAGGAAAGUUGAACUGACGCCUCUGGAGCAGCGUAAACUCACCUUCGACUCCCACGCCAUGGUGACGGAGCUGGAGAGCAGCGGUUUUGAGAAGCGGCAGGCGGAGCUGAUCGUCUCUGCUCUGGUCACUCUGACCACAGCAAACAUGGACAUCGUUUAUAAAGACAUGGUGACCAAAUCCCACCAGGAGAUCGCGGUGCAGCAGAUCAUGGCUCAUCUGGACUCAGUCAGGAAGGACAUGGUGAUUCUGGAGAAGAGCGAGUUCGCCAACCUGCGAUCUGAGAACACGAAAAUGAAGCGAGAGCUGGAGCAGCUGCAAAACAGACUGAAGGAGGAGAGCGAGAAAGUCCGAGCAGAAGCCAAACUGGACACCAACCUGGAGAGAAGCAGGAUCUCCGACAUGUUUACUGAACAGGAGAAGAAGCUGAUGGAGGCCACUUCAGAGUUCCAUCACAAGAAAGCCGACCUUGAAAGCGACAACAUGGAGGUCAACAGGAAGAUCGACCUGCAGGUGGCGUCGCUCAAAACGGUGCUGGAGUCGCUCAAGUUGGAGACGAUUCGUUACCUCGCAGCGACCGUCUUCUCCUGCCUCGCCAUCGCUCUGGGAGUCUACCGGCUGUGGAGGUGAAGAUCCACGUCAGACACCUCGAACUACAACAACAAGUAGUUCCAGUUACAUAAAACACUGACUUUGCAGUAAAAGUACAAGCAUGGCAGUGUAGGAAUCCAAGCACCGACCUACUAUCAGCAAGAUAUAGUAGAAGAAGGGCUCUUUAAGGAGAAAAACGGAGGCAGAAACAGAAGCACUGCCACGAAAUACUUAAGUUCUAGAUUUAAGUACACUUUUGAAGAACAUUUAAUCCCUCAACCCUAUCCAAUUUUAGUUGUGGUAGAAGUAGUAUUUGAUUAAAGGGCCAGUGCAACAAAUGUAAAAACAAACAAACAAACAAAAAGCUAUGUAAACAGUAAAAGUUCUUGAAUUUUGUCAUAUCUCUGAAGUGUCAGCUGACUAUACUGAACUUGGUAACACUCAAGGAUUUGCUUUUUUGAUCCACAUAUUAAAUGUGUGAAAAUCUUUGAUUUCAGUGAAGUGACCCUUUAAAAACAAUGUUUUGGAUCAGAUUUUUUUUUUUUUAAAGUUGUACUA